AUGGAGAAGGGAGGAGAGAAAUGCAGUGAGGAGUUGUACGAGGUUCUGGGGAUAGAGAAGGAGUGUACCCCAUCUGAACUCAAGAAAGCUUAUAAGAAACUCGCACUGAAAUGGCACCCAGAUCGUUGUUCAGGGAGCCGCGUGGAAGAAGGCAAGAAGAAAUUCCAGGCAAUCCAAUACGCCUAUUCUGAAUCAAAAUUUGGUGGUGGUUUCGUUCUGAGGAUUGUUCUUAUUCGUGAUGAGCUAAUGGUAUGUUUGUUUGAGCAGGGUAUGGGUGACUUCUUGAAUGAAAUGGCCACAAUGAUGAGCCAAUCAAAACCUAGUGUUUCCGAAUUUUGUGAGAUUUCCGUAUCGUACGCAUACAACGUCAAGUACAAGGCUGCCCUUGAUGAAAACAGGGAGGAGAGUUUUGAGGAGUUGCAACAGCUCUUCGAAGAAAUGUUUCAAGCCAAUAUUGGGUCAGUCGGCAGCUCCUCUCACACUGCACCUGCUUCAUCUGUGGAGCAUCUUCAAGAUAUGAAGAAGGGAAGGGGAAUAGAAGAAGGAAUUGCAGGAGGAAGAGGUAGCACCCUCCAAGAGAAUUCGAUGGUUACGUGCCCUGCAUGCAAAGCUUUAGAUGUUCUCUGUCAAGCCAUUGCGGAAGCCCUAUCCUCCUGUGCUGCAUUCAAGGCAAGGCAUUCUGUUUUGGAAGCCAAGCCAAGACCUUUCUCAUCUCUCUACGCAACAGAAAGAAUAAUAUCUUACAUAUUACAGCACCUCCCUCUUCCACUUUUCUCCCGUUCACUUCUCUUGGAUCGAUAUUUGAGGCAUGGAUUUUUACUAACACUUGAUAAGUACAAUGCAUGA